AUGAACAAAACCACGAUUCUCCACUUUUUCAUUGAGGAUUGGGACAUCAACUGCAGCCUCUGGGACGCCCUGCAGGAGAGCUUUGACGGUCCAUCAUGUCGGGCCACCAUGGACCAGAUUGGGACCUGCUGGCCACGGAGCAGCGGCGGGGAUCUGGUGGAGCGACCUUGCCCCGAAUACGUCAACGGAGUCAAAUACAACACCACUCGAAAUGCAUAUCGAGAAUGCAUGGAAAACGGGACAUGGGCUUUCAAAGUUAAUUACACGCAAUGUGAACCGAUUCUUGACGAAGAGACCAAGCCUGCUCUUCAUUACAAGGUUGCCAUGAUUAUCAACUACCUGGGGCACUGCAUUUCUAUUGGAGCGCUUAUCGUGGCCUUCUUAUUGUUCCUCUGCUUGCGGAGUAUCCGAUGCCUCCGCAACAUUAUCCACUGGAACCUGAUCACAACGUUCAUCCUGAGGAACAUGAUGUGGUUUGUGCUACAAACAAUUGACCACAAUAUCCACGAGAGCAAUGAGCUUUGGUGUCGGUGCAUCACAACCAUCUUCAACUACUUCGUGGUGACCAAUUUCUUCUGGAUGUUUGUGGAAGGUUGCUACCUCCACACGGCCAUCGUGAUGACGUACUCGACAGACAAGCUGAGGAAAUGGAUUUUUCUCUUCAUUGGGUGGUGUAUUCCUUGCCCCAUUAUCAUUGCCUGGGCUGUUUGCAAGCUUUAUUAUGAAAACGAGCAGUGCUGGUUUGGAAAAGAACCGGGGAAAUAUAUAGAUUACAUCUAUCAAGGACCAGUGAUUCUUGUCCUGCUGAUAAAUUUUGUGUUCCUGUUUAACAUAGUUAGGAUUCUAAUGACAAAACUGAGAGCUUCAACCACAUCGGAAACCAUACAAUACAGGAAGGCAGUCAAAGCCACGUUAGUCCUCCUGCCACUUCUGGGAAUUACCUACAUGCUAUUUUUUGUCAAUCCGGGAGAAGAUGACAUAUCCCAGAUCUUUUUCAUCUACUUCAAUUCCUUCUUGCAGUCUUUUCAGGGUUUUUUUGUGUCUGUGUUUUACUGCUUCUUAAACAGCGAGGUGCGCUCUGCAGCUCGAAAAAGGUGGCACCGUUGGCAAGACCAUCACUCCCUCCGGGUACGCGUGGCCCGUGCCAUGUCCAUGCCCACCUCUCCAACAAGGAUUAGCUUUCACAGUAUAAAGCAAACUGCGGCUGUGUGA